AAGGCUUUUUGCUCUUUAUCUCAUGGAAUAGGAGUAUUUUUCAUCAGUGUCUCUCGAAGCCUUUGAAUGAAAUGAGUGAAAUCUUUCAGAAUCUUGUAAAUAGAGUCCGAUAGAGAGGCAGCAGAGGAAUCAUCACGAAACACCUGUGCAAGCCUUGAGGCAAUGUAACAACGACAAAACGUGCAGGGGGAGCUUUCAUUUUGAUUUGUAGGAAAAGAUAGUAACCUGAUGGAAACGGGUGGCUUAGUAUCUACCCAGAAAAGAAGGGAAAUGGGUGGCUCAACUUCAGACAUAAUCAGUAACCUUCCACGAAAUCUCCUUGAAGAAAUAUUAGUCUGUUUGACGAUACAAGAUGCGGUAAGGACGAGUGUUUUGUCAAGGAAAUGGAGGUAUAUCUGGACUACACUUCCCAAACUUGUAUUCGAUGAUAACUUCUGCAGAGGAUCGGUGAUGAGGGCAAGGUCAGACAAACUUAUGAUGACCAUUUAUAAGGUUCUGCUACUCCAUCAUGGACCAAUACUGAAGUUCACUCUCUCUUUAUCCAAUCUGGAAAGCUGUCCCGAAAUCAAUCAGUUGACAUUGUUUGUGUCAAACAAAGGCAUCCGGGAAUUCACCCUUUACGUUUGGAAGGGUGAACUUUAUAGAUUGCCAUGUACGCUAUUUUCAUGCCUACAACUCGAGCAUUUGAAUCUCAGUUGGUGUGUGUUUAAACCUCCUCCUAGCUUUAAAGGAUUUACCAUGCUCCUUUCCCUUGAGCUUUAUGAAGUUGUCAUUGCUGGUGACGUACUUUCAAGUUUAGUAUCCGGUUGCCCACUACUUGAACGGCUAACAUUUUCUAGCUUUAACAGUUUCGAUUACCUUGAAAUUGUGGCUUUUAAGCUUAAAUACUUCUCGUGUGAAGGCCUUUUCAGAUCUAUUUGCGUCAGAAUGCCUCAUGUUGCAGAUGCCACAGUAGUUAUGAAAGGAUCUAGGAAUCAGUUAGCAUUUAAUGAAGGAAAAAUAUCCAACUCUGUCAUGCUGCUUCUUUGUAGUAUACCGAUGGUUGAGUUUCUGGUAUUGGACUAUCCUUACGUGAAGUGCAUGGCUGCAAGAGGUGUACAAGAGAGGCUUCCAAACACAUAGAACAACCUUCAAGACCUCCUGUUGCAUGAUAUCUGUUUUGGGGAACCAGAUGAGGUCUCCAUUGUUCUUUACUUAAUUAGAUGCUCCCCAAACUUGGAAGGAAUUUCUAUUCGUGCAUUUCACAGUGCAACUGCUGCUAUUGAUCCUGUUGUAGAACUUUUUGACUUGCAAGGCUGGUCUAACGUCUCCUUAAGUAAGCUUUUAUUUGUGGUGAUAGAAGAGGUGUCUGGCACAAAGGCUGAAAUGGAGUUCAUUAAGCUUCUGUUAGCCAAAUCUCCAAUGCUGCAGAGCAUGGAUAUCAAGCUGAAGUCGAUGCAGAUUGCUAAAGAGUUGAGGAUUGUGAAGAAGUUGAUAGGAUAUCGACGUGCAUCAGUUAGUGCAGUAAUCACUUUCCCAAAAUAAAGGUUUAUGAACAUCAAGUUCAUCAGGUUACCUGCUGGAGUUACUUUUGUUUUGGCUGGCUUUUAUGGAUGCUCAUUUUUAGCUGGAUGUUUCUUUGUCUGGGUGUUUAAACCCUGGGUAUUGGUACUCUUUUGGAACCAUGGCUUCUCAUGAAAACUAUC